AUGCUCUCCCGCGACAAACGGCCGAAAGCUUCGUCGGCACAUCCCUCCAUUCCCAGCAGCCAUAGGCCCACCUCCACCGCUGUUCACCCAGCCUCCAGCUCAUCCACCUUCCAACCGCCUUUCAUCCAGACUCGGCAAUACAUGUCGGGCUCUGCGGCGUCGACAGCAUCUGCAGGGAGCGCUCUUGGGACAAGAGGGACGUCUACUGGAUCAGGAGGACCGCAGCAGGGCGGGCCAAAUGCGGGGAGGUGGGGAGACGUUCGAAUAGUACAUCCAGCGUGGGAGGGAUUCGGGAGGGGAAUGGCUCCCGGUGCAAAUGCGGGGACGGGUGGUGCCACUGGCGGAGGAGGGAGUGGAGGGGGGGUCGGAAAGUCGAAGCUUUAG